UGGCCGUGAGGCUUUUGGGUCAGGAGGCACGAGCCGUGGUGGAGCUGGUGUGAGCCUCUCGAGGAGGCCAUGGAGCGGUGCCAGGCUCUGGGUGCCUUCACCUCCAGAUCAUUUCAGCGCAGCGCUGGCAGCUGGGCGCAGAAAGCAAACGAUUUCACCAUCCGAGUGGGCUGCAUUCAGCUGCCUACAGUGUUUCGUUUUGUAGGCUGAACAAACGACUUCCUUCGUGCUUGGAAGAGUUAAUAAUUUAUAGGCGAGCUGGCACAAGCCCAGUGUCUGCAGAGCGCGACGCUUCCCGCAGCUCGGCACUGCCCGGUGUCGGGGGCAGCGGGCAGGAACUCGCUCCUGUGCCUCCAAGGAGCCCAGGCUGGUCGGCUCCCCCACUGACGGACCCCCAGGUAGUUGGCCUAGAAAAAGAAUGUGGUAACGUCUGCAGGCUGGGAUGAGGAUGAUGCCAGCUCCAGGGGCAGGGAGGCCGAGGGGCCGUGCCGCUGUCCUCAGGCUGCUCCUCGCUGCUGCCCUCGUUGUGGCCGUGCAGGGUUCCUGCAAUGCUCCGCCACGUAUCCCAUCCGCAGAACUGAAGGAGAGCUACCAGCGCAUCACCAAAUUUUCCUACUCGGAGAAGGUGGAAUACACCUGCCGACCAGGUUACACGAGAAGUAAGUUCCGGGCCAGCCUUGUUUGUGGAGAGGAUGGUAGGUGGAAAGGAUCGACCGACUUCUGUUCACCCAAGCAAUGCAGCUACCCCGGAGACCUGGCCAACGGCAGACUUGUGGAAACGGAGCUGUUCACCUUUGGCUCAAUAGCCAACUACACCUGCGACAUGGGGUACAGACUGAUCGGAAAUUCCCAACUUCAUUGCGUGCUUAAAAAUGGGCAAGUUACGUGGGAUGGAGACGUUCCCUUCUGUGAGCCAAUCCCAUGUUCACCCCCUCCAAAAAUAGAGAACGGAGAGCACAACGGAGGCGACGUUACCGUCUUCAGCUACGGAUCCUCUGUCACCUAUCAUUGCAACUCUGCUGGCAGGGGGGAGAGAGCCUUCUCGCUGGUGGGGGAUCCCUCGAUUUUCUGCACGACUGUGGAUAACCUGAACGGCAUCUGGAACAAGCCAGCCCCGGAGUGCAAAGUGGUGGGCUGCCAGCACCCCCAGAUUGAGAACGGGAAGCUGCUGAGCGGGUACAGGGCCGAGUACACGUACCGUGACACCGUCGUGUUCGACUGCGAGUUCCGCUACACCCUGCAGGGCAGCGACACCUCCACCUGCAGCGAGGCCGGGAGCUGGGAGCCGCCGCUGCCGCUCUGCCAGCGCAGCAGCUGCGAUGACCCUCCUGACGUGUUUAGGGCUGUUAAAGCGAGACUCGCGGGCAAUUUGUUCCCUGCUGGUACUGUGGUUACCUACGAGUGUGAGCCGGGCUACGAGUUCAGCCCCGGACAGAACACGCGGCACAUUACGUGCCUGGCAGACCUGACCUGGAGUGAGGCUCCCUCUUCUUGCAACAAAAUUAGUUGCCCGGAUCCAGUAGUCGGGAAUGCAAGGCAUGUAAAUGUGUGGUAUAAACCCGUCAAAUACAUGUAUGGAGACACCGUCAGUAUCAGCUGUAACGAAGGCUACACUAUCCGGGAUUAUGGCAGUGACGUUGUGCUUCGGUGCACAAACAAAGGCACGUGGGACCCGGCAGUAACAGAGUGCACCUCAGUACCUCACUGCCCACAGCCCGUUACUGACCAUGGGCGAGAGGUUUAUAAGAGCAAAAACGACUACAGCGUCGGGACCCGCGUGACGAUGGCGUGUGAUGAAGGCUACGUCCUCAGAGGCGACGAGCAGAUCGAGUGCAAGGCUGACCAGAACUGGACUCCCUCGGUGCCGUUUUGUGACAAGGGCUGUGACCCCCCUCCCCAAAUCACCAGCGGGCAGUACACGGCCUCGAGAUCAGGGGUCUUCCCCUACGGAUCGGAGGUGACGUACAGCUGUGCCGCGGGUCUGUCCCUCAUCGGGGACAAGUCCAUCUACUGCACCUCCACCGACGGGGAGAACCUGGUGUGGAGCGGCCCUGCCCCGGAGUGCAGGGUGGUUCGCUGCCCCAGGCCUGAUGUUGAGCACGGAAGGAUGGCUCCGCCGACACACACGUUCCCCUACGGGGUGUCCGUGCGCUUCUCCUGCGAUGAAGGCUUCGUGCUGCGUGGUGAUGCUGAGACCUGGUGUACGGCCAACAGCACCUGGCAGCCGCCGCUGCCCUCCUGCGUCCCAGUUCAGUGUCCGGAACCGCAAGUUGUCAAUGGAAGGCUGAAAAACGCCAGGGACAGUAAAACGUGGUACCCAGCAAACACAACUGUUACUUUCGAGUGCCUCCAUGGGUACCACUUCUCUGGUGGAGGACCCGCUGCUUUCGGAGACACCGGGACAGCCACGUGCCUGGCUGAUGGCAACUGGACACCGCUGCCCAAGUGUAAGAAGCAAGGAGAGGCUGAUAUUUGUGAAGAGGUUGGGGAUAUUAAAGCGGCCUUUGAGUGCGGUGUGCCCAUGGAGGAAGUGAGAACUCUGCUGGAAGUACAAAAACUAUUCCUGGAGAUUCAAAAACUAAAGGUGGAACUUGGGCUCUCGAAUAAGGUCAUCCUGGUUACCCCCCCAGCCCCUGUGUGGGGCAGGAGGACCUGGAGGCUUUGCCUGGGCCCCCUGGGUGACUGCUGUUUGCCACCCCUGGCUGCACCCCUCGUCCCAGUGGGAGGGUUGAGCUCCCUGUGUGUUCUGGAUACGUUUCCACUGCUCCACAGGCUUGGCUGCUGUUGCAUCUCCUCCCAGCUUUCGUUUCUGAGCAGCUGGGAGCCAAUAAGUGCUUGGCAGAGCAGCGCAGGAAUCGCUGCGAUGAAGCCUGGAGAACCAGGGCAGGGGAAAUACCCGGGCACCUCGCGCUGCUGGGCUCCCACCAUGCGGCAGGGAUCCGGCUGCCCCACGCUGCUCCUGGCCUUGCUGGGGCUCCUGGGCACACCUGCAGCUCACGGUGACUGUGGGCCCCCACCCCAUAUGGCCUACUCCAAGCCGUCCGUGGCAGAGCAGCUCAGCAGCUUCCCGGUGGGAUCCAGGGUCACCUACACGUGUCUCAAAGGCGCCAUCAAAAUCCCCGGGCGGGCGGACAUGGUGCAGUGCCUGCCCGGGUCCCGCUGGUCCCAGCUGCCCGAGCCCUGUGGCCUGAGCUGCUCUACCCCGACAAGGUUACACUUUGCUGCCCUGUCCGAGGUGGACGAGAGGAUAAAUUUUUUUCCUAUUGGGUUCACUGUGAGCUACGUCUGCCACCCCGGCUACGAGAACAUCUCGGAAAGCUCCCCCACCAGCACUUGUCUUGAAAACCUGACGUGGUCGGAGGUUGCUGAGUUGUGCCGCAGGAAGUCCUGUGGGCAGCCGCCGGCGCUGCCCGGGGGCAGGACCCUCGCCCUGACGGACUUUCUGUUCGGUGCCAGAGCGAGCGUGGUCUGCGAUGAAGGGUACAAACUAAACGGGAGGAAUCUCAUCCAAUGUUGGCUGAAAGGAGAUGACGUUGAGUGGAGUAAACUUCCAACCUGUGAAUUAAUUACCUGCUCUUCACCUCCUCCAAUUAGCAACGGGAAGCACGAUGGUGAAGGUGUAGAAAAAUUUGCUUACAACUCAACAGUGACUUACGGCUGUGACUCUGGCUUCCAACUCAUCGGAAAAGCGAGCAUCCAGUGUACAAGCACAGACAAAACAAACGGGGUCUGGAGUGGAGCAGCGCCUAAAUGUAAAGAGAAAAGCACAUUUGUCAAACUUGGAGCAAAAGAAGUGGAAAAGAGCACUCCGCCCCAAAAUUUCCAGGGAAAUGGCAUCCAAACAGAUAAAAAGGAUUUCACAAAGGAAAUGAAAAUCAGCCUUUAUAAGGAGUUACUCCAAAGCAGCAACUCCUUCUCCCAUUCUGCUUCCUUCUCCAGGCCACGAGGGAACUGCGGGCCGCUGCCCCAGCUACCCGGGGCAGAGCCUCCAGAGGACUUCAAAGAUCAGCAAAGCUUCUCCAUCGGCUCCAAGGUAACAUACCGAUGCGUUCAAGGCUUUGCUAAGCUCCCCUCGAAGUCAGACACCACGCAGUGCCUGGAGAACGCCCGCUGGUCCGUCCUCCCAGAGUUCUGUGAUCGCAGCUGUUUCAGCCCACCUCGUGUGAGUUUCGCAAAAGUAUCAGCAGAAGAUGAAAUCAAGAAUUUUUAUGCUGUUAAUGUCACGGUGAGCUACGUUUGUAACCCAGGCUACACGAAUAGCACUGAUGAGCUUCCUACCAGCACUUGUCGUGAAGAUUUAACAUGGUCAGAGGUUCCCGAGUUAUGUGAAAGGGAAUCUUGUGGUCCUCCAGAAAAUCCAGAGCAUGGUACAGUUGUUACAACAGAUUACCUGUUUGGCUCAAAGGCAGAUGUUAUUUGUGACGAUGGGUACGUGCUAACACUGGGGCUACCCUUCAUCCGAUGUCUCCUACACGACGAUGGAGUUGCCUGGACUCCGCUUCCAACUUGUCAGCGUAUCCAGGAUGUUUCUCCUUUACCUUCGACCUCUACCGCUGGCGCUACAGCAGUGACAGACGCACCCAAACCGUUGGAAGAGAAGACAUCAGAGUAUCGCUACAUCCUACCACUUAUCAUCAUCCCUUGCAUCAUUGGAAUUGUUGUAAUUGUAAUCUGGACCAUCAAGAAGUGUGGUGUAAGGCAAAAAGGGACAUAUAAGCCAAAUCCUACAAAUGCAGGAGAUGAAGAACAGGGACCAUCCUGCCAGGAGCGUAAAACUGGAGGCGGGGACACAUUUACCGGGGGUACCGCGGGAGGCGCCCCCGGGCCGGGCGGAGCCGCUCGGGGGAGGCGGGCGCGGGGCGGGGGCUCCCGCAGCCGGUCCCGCACACCCAAUUCUUGUUCAUCCACGGAAGGAGGGCGAGAGGCUUCCCAGGUGACGGGGCUGGGCUCAGCCGAGCCCUUGAUUUUCCUACGAAGCCGGAAAAUUCCCCUGAGGCCGGCCCGCUGCCCGCCCACCCCGGAAAGGGCCGUGCCGGCGGGGUGCGCUGCGCAUCGCUCCGACGGCACCGGGACCGGCACCGGCACCAGGAGGGGAACGGGCACCGGGAUGGGAGCGGGCACCGGCACCGGCACCGGCAUGGGGCUGCUGGGGCUCUGCGCCGUGCUGCUGGCGCUGCCCGGAGCCUGGGGUGACUGCCAGGCCGUGCCGAGGUUCUCCUUCGCCGAGCCCCGCAACCCCAUCACCAACGCGUCGUACCCCGUCGGGUCCCAGGUGCCCUACAGGUGCCGCCCCGGGUACGUGGGGGUCAGUGACAAGUCCUUCAUGGUCACCUGCCUCCCCAACAACACCUGGGCAUGGGACCCCGACUUCUGCAUCGGAAAGUCGUGCCCUGAACCAGACAUAGAAAAUGGCAAAUUUCACUACUCAACAGACCUGCGGUUUGGGGCGACGAUAAAUUUCACCUGUAACUACGGGUACCGAUUAGUUGGGAGGCCAUCUGCGCAAUGUGUACUUGUUAACAAUGAUGUUGCUUGGGAUAAGGUUCCAUUCUGUGAGAUUAUUCCCUGUGAACCACCGCCUGUAAUUGUAAAUGGGCUGUUCAGCGGUGCACAAACAGAGUACGUCUUCGGCUUAGCUGUAACUUACACCUGCAAUGAAGGCUUUUCUCUCAUUGGAAGCUCCACGAUUUACUGUACAGCGGAUGCUGAGUCCAAUGGAAUAUGGAGUGGUCCAGCCCCUGAAUGCAAAGUGGUGAGAUGUGAAAAUCCAGUAGUGGAAAAUGGGAAGAAGUUAACUGGUUUUGUUGAGCAAUACACGUAUGGAGAUACAGUGGCCUUUGAAUGUCUUCCUGGUUAUUUUAUGAAUGGUUCUCAUACAGCUAAAUGUGAUGCAGACAAUAACUGGAAUCCACCUCUGCCCAAGUGUGAAAGACGCUACUGUGGUCGUCCUCCCAGCAUCCCUUUUGCUGAGUUAGUGGGGACUGUGAGUAGCAGCUCUCCUGCUGGAACCACAUUGGAGUACAGAUGUAACCCGGGGUAUGCUACAGGAGAUGGAAAGUCUUUGGAAGUCACUUGUCUGGGGAAUACCAGUUGGUCUGUAAGCUCCAAGUCAUGUACACGACAGCAAUGUACCCCUCCCUUGAUAGAGAAUGGGUUUGUAAAGGCGGAAGAUUUCCUGUUUGGGGCAACUGUGGAGUUCUCCUGUCGUGAUGGGUAUAAAUUACAGGGGUCAUCUUCUGCCCAAUGUGUGGCAUCAGGAAAUGGAGUUCAUUGGAAUGUGUCUCUCCCAACCUGUAAAAGCUACUGUGGUCGUCCUCCCAGCAUCCCUUUUGCUGAGUUAGUGGGGACUGUGAGUAGCAGCUCUCCUGCUGGAACCACAUUGGAGUACAGAUGUAACCCGGGGUAUGCUACAGGAGAUGGAAAGUCUUUGGAAGUCACUUGUCUGGGGAAUACCAGUUGGUCUGUAAGCUCCAAGUCAUGUACACGACAGCAAUGUACCCCUCCCUUGAUAGAGAAUGGGUUUGUAAAAGCGGAAGAUUUCCUGUUUGGGGCAACUGUGGAGUUCUCCUGUCGUGAUGGGUAUAAAUUACAGGGGUCAUCUUCUGCCCAAUGUGUGGCAUCAGGAAAUGGAGUUCGUUGGGAUGUGUCUCUCCCAACCUGUAAAAGCUACUGUGGUCGUCCUCCCAGCAUCCCUUUUGCUGAGUUAGUGGGGACUGUGAGCAGCAGCUCUCCUGCUGGAACCACACUGAUGUACAGAUGUAACCCGGGGUAUGCUACAGGAGAUGGAACGUCUUUGGAAGUCACUUGUCUGGGGAAUACCAGUUGGUCUGUAAGCUCCAAGUCAUGUACACGACAGCAAUGUACUCCCCCUGUGAUAAAGAACGGGUUUGUAAAGGCGGAAGAUUUCCUGUUUGGGGCAACUGUGGAGUUCUCCUGUCGUGAGGGGUAUAAAUUACAGGGGUCAUCUUCUGCCCAAUGUGUGGCAUCAGAAAAUGGAGUUCGUUGGAAUGUGUCUCUCCCAACCUGUAAAGCUGCAGGACAGCUGACUGUUCUCUGUGGAGAGCCACCUUCAGUUGCCAAUGGGAGACACAAUGGCACGAAGGGGGAGUUUGCCCAGGGCUCUAUUGUAGUUUAUAAAUGCAAUCAUGGUUUUGUGCUGGCUGGAGGGUCCUCUAUUCGCUGCACAGCAAGAGAUGAGUACCAUGGAGUCUGGAGCACACCUACUCCUGAGUGCCGAGGUGGAGCGACCACCAUCAUUGUCGGCUCGGAGAGCAUCCUCAGCUAUGCUGGCCCUGGUCCCAUGUGUGGGAGGAGGGGGAAAUGCCCCCUCUGCCCUUCCCUUCCCUGGGUCCCAGGGGGCCACCCUCCCCUGCAUGGGGGAGGAGGAGGAGGUGGGAGCGAAAAUAGCAGCAGCAGAAGCUCGUGGGGACCUGCACCACCCUGGGGCUGGUGCCUGCGCCCGUGCUGUGUGGGGAGCCCACGGGUUCCUGUCCCAUGGCCCCGGGAAGCCCCGCAGCUGCGGCUCCUUCCGCAAGCCUGGGGGAACUGGGGGGCCCAUAUCAGCCCGUGGGCCCCCAGGAGCUGCAGUCGGGACCGGAGCAUGGUGCUCGCCUUCGCCCUCCACCUCCUGGGCAGCUCCGCUCUGCUCCUGGCUGCCACGGCUGGGGCUCAAGUUAUCCGAUGCCCGCCCCCAUACAUCAAGAAUGGGAAGAGCAAGUCUGCUGCUCGCUACAUCUACAGGGCUGGGGCCAGCGUGAGCUUCACCUGCAACCCAGGCUACACCUUGCAGGGCUCCCCCACCAGCACCUGCCAAGCUGACUCCAGAUGGAGCCCACCUCUGCCAGAGUGCAAAAAGGAGGUGACGUGUCCUCAGCCGCCGAACAUCGCCAACGGGCUGCACAGCGGCCAGUCCAUGGACAGAUUUACUCAGGGAGCCAUCGUGUACUACGGCUGCAAGGACGGCUUCGCGCUGGUCGGGAACAUCUCCAUCAACUGCUCGGAGGCCGGGCAGUGGAGCCGGCCCCUGCCACUCUGCAAAGCAAUCGGCUGUGAGAGACCCGAGGUGCGGAACGGGAAGGUGCACAAGCACCCGAGCACCUAUGAAGCUGGGGAGAUCCUGCGCUUCGACUGCGAUGCUGGCCAUGCCACAGAUGGUGCUCAGGAGGCUCGGUGCCAGCCAGGGGGCACUUGGGACCCACCAGUGCUGGCCUGUGAGAGAGUCCGACCGUGCCCCACGCCUCCAAAAAUCAGCAAUGGAGAUCACGAUGGGCAUGGCAAAACAGAAUUUACCAUGGGGAUGUUCGUGACCUACAGCUGCGACCCCGGCUACUACCUCACUGAGGACGUCUCGCACGUAUUCUGCAAAGCCUCGGGGAAUUGGAGCCAGCCCAGCCCGCACUGCGAAGAGGUGACGUGUCCCCAGCCACCGAACAUCGCCAACGGGCUGCACAGUGGCCAGUCCAUGGACAGGUUUCCCCAGGGAACGACCGUGUACUACGGCUGCAAGGACGGCUUCGCGCUGGUCGGGAACAUCUCCAUCAACUGCUCGGAGGCUGGGCAGUGGAGCCGGCCCCUGCCGCGCUGCCAAGCAAUCGGCUGCGAGAGACCCGAGGUGCGGAACGGGAAGGUGCAUGGGUACGAGAGCACCUACGAAGCUGGGGAGAUCCUGCGCUUCGAAUGCGAUGCUGGCCAUGCCACAGAGGGCCCCCAGCGGGCUCAGUGCCAGCCAGGAGGCUCCUGGGACCCACCAGUGCUGGCCUGUGAGAGAGUCCGACCGUGCCCCAUGCCCCCAAAGAUCAGGAACGGACAACACGACGGGCACGGCAAAACCUUUUUUACCACGGGGAUGUCUGUGAUGUACAGCUGUGAUCCCGGCUACUACCUCGUCGGAAAUGCUCAGGUGGUCUGCAAAACCUUGGGGAACUGGAGCCAGCCCAUGCCACGCUGUGAAGCAACAAUCUGCAUCAAGCCAGAUGUACUGAAUGGCCAGGUAGUCGAUGGUGAAGGGCUCAUCUACGGCCCUGGGCAGACGGUGACGAUUCAGUGCCAGGACAGUUACAGCCUGCAAGGUACAGCUACAAUCCUCUGCCAGGAGGACGGCAGCUGGGAGCCUCCCGCACCCCUCUGCGACCUGCUCCAUCACCAGAUGCUGCCCAUCAGGCCUGAGCGUUCAGGUGGUUGUGGUGCUCCUACAAGGUUGCCCUUUGCUGAGCUAAAGGAGGAGCAUAGGAAUGAGAUUGAUUUUUCUGUUGGGAAGACUGUGAAAUACACUUGUCGGCCUGGAUUUGCUAAACACCCAGGACUGUCACCUACUAUUACAUGCCUUGAGAGCGGAGUGUGGUCAGAAGCACUAGAGUUCUGUAAAAGGAAGCAGUGCAACCACCCCGGGGAACCCGAGAACGGCAGGAUCACCUUCCUGGCAGAUCUCUUCUUUGGGUCGACCGUGGUCUACAGCUGUGAAGAGGGGCACAGGUUAAUCGGCCGCUCCAGCAGGCGCUGUGAGAUCUCUGGUGGACGUGUCGCGUGGUCCGGCGAGAUCCCCACCUGCCAGCGUAUCCCCUGCGCGCCCCCGCCCAACAUUCCCCAUGGGAAGCACACGGGGCGGCUGCUGGACGAAUUUCACUACGGCACGUCGGUCACCUACAGCUGCGAGCCCGGCUACCCGCUGCAGGGAGAGGCUUCCAUCUUCUGCACCACCAGGGAUGGGAUGAACGGGGAGUGGAGCGGACCGCCCCCGCUGUGCGGAGAGGCGAGAUGUCCCGUCCCGCAGAUCCAGAAUGGGCGAGUAGUGUCAGCUCCCAGCGUCACCUACACGUACAAGGACACCGUCACCUUCGAGUGUGAGCCAGGCUACACCAUGCGUGGGCACAGCGUGGUGCAGUGCCAGCUGAACAGCACCUGGGAGCCACCCGUGCCAGCCUGCGAGCGGGCUGGCUGCAGUGCUCCCCCCAGGCUGGUGUUUGCUGAGCUGAAGGAGGCGUUCAGGAACCAGAGCAUCUUCCCUGUGGGCAGGGCGGUGGAGUACGUGUGCCGGCCCGGCUACAGCGCACACCCGGGGAUGUCGGCGACCAUCGUGUGCCUCGAGAACCAGACCUGGUCUGCGGCGCUGGAGUUCUGUAAAGGGAUGCAGUGUGAGAACCCCGAGGAUCCGGAGAAUGGCAGAGCCGUUGUCCUGACCGACCUUCUCCUCGGGUCCAAAGUGAAUUACACGUGUGAAAAAGGGUACACACUGUUGGGGCAUUCUCAGAGGACGUGUGAGAUCUCUGGCACCCGUGUCUCCUGGAGCGGAGCUGCUCCCAUCUGCCAGCAGGUGAGGUGUCCUUCCCCUCCAGGCAUCGCCAACGGGCAGCACAGCGGCCAGCCCUCGGACACCUUCCUGGUAGGCUCAGUGGUUCAGUACAGAUGCAAGGACGGAUACUCCCUCGUGGAGAACGCAUCCCUCAGCUGCACCGCUGAGGGAACCUGGAGCCGGCCCCUGCCACGCUGUGAAGCAAUCGGCUGCAAAAGACCAGAAAUUGAGCACGGGAGAACAACCGGGCUGGAGGCCGUGUACAAGCUUGAGGCCAUUGCUGUCUUCGAAUGCGAUUUUGGUUAUGCCCUGAAGGGCUCUCAGGAGUCUCGGUGCCAGUUUGGGGGCACGUGGCAACCGCCUGUCCCCACCUGUGAAAAGAUGCUGCAGUGUCCUUCCCCUCCGACCAUCAAAAAUGGCCAGCACAGCAGCAAGGACGUGGCCGUGUUCAUCCCCGGGACAUCGGUGAAGUACGAGUGUGACCUCGGCUAUGUCCUCACGGGGAAAACCACUGUUUCUUGUUUGCCAUCUGGAACCUGGAGCAUCCCUUACCCCCGCUGCGAAGUUGUCACCUGCAUGAGCCCCAGCAUCCAGGAUGGAGAAGUGGCUGAAGGGCAGCAAGCCAAGUACCUCCCUGGGGCUACUGUCACCUUCCGCUGCCACCCGGGCUACACGAUGCAGGGCAGCCAGGAGGCCAAGUGCCAUCCCGACGGCCGCUGGGUCCCCGCUGUCCCCAGCUGUGAGCCAGCGCUGCCUUGCCCGCCGCCGCCUGUCAUCGCCCACGCCACACACACUGCGGAGCUCGGGGCCAACUUCACCAGCGGCAUGGCCGUGAACUACAGCUGCCAGCCCGGCUUCUCCCUGCUCGGGGCCUCCUCCAUCUGGUGCACGGUCACAGGGAACUGGAGCCGCCCGUACCCACGCUGUGCAGCUGGAUGUGGGACACCACCACCGUUAUUGUUUGCUGAGCUAAACAAGGAGUAUAAGAACUGGACCGAGUUUCCUGUUGGGUCGACAGUGAAGUACAGCUGCCGGCCAGGAUACGCUAAACACCCGCAGAUAACCCCCGCUGUUACAUGCCUUGAGAAUCAGACAUGGUCAGAGGUCAAGAAGUUUUGCAAACGGAGGAGGUGCAGCCAUCCAGGAGAACCAGAAAACGGCAGAGUUAUCGUUACAACAGACCUCUUCUUCGGGUCAACAGUGAAUUACACGUGUGAUAAAGGGCACCGGCUGGUCGGAGCCUCCCAGCGGCACUGCGUCAUUUUGGACUCAGGGACACGCGUGGGCUGGACCGGAGACGUUCCCGUCUGCCAGAGUAUCCUCUGUGAGCCGCCCCCGGACAUCCCCCGUGGGACACACAGCGGGCACUCGCUGGACGCCUUCCCCUACGCGGCCGUGGUCACCUACACGUGCGAGCCGGGCCACGCGCUGGCUGGAGCCGCCUCCAUCUUCUGCACCACGGUGGACGGGGAGCGCGGCGAGUGGAGCGGGCCGCCGCCGCGCUGCGGAGAGUCGCAGUGCCCUCCCCCUCCAGACAUUGCCAACGGAAAGCACAGUGGCCAAGGCCUGGCAGUUUUCACCAGUGACACGUCCGUGAGCUACAGCUGUGAUCCCGGCUUUGUUCUGGUUGGAGAGGCACACCUGAACUGUACCUCUGCUGGAGCCUGGAGUGCCCCUGCCCCACGGUGUCAAGCAGGGCACCUGUGUCCUCCCCCACCAGUGAUCGACCAUGGCCAGCACGACGGCAAGGCCAUGGACGUGUUCAGCCCUGGGAAGUCCGUCAAUUACAGCUGUGACCCCGGCUAUUCUCUUGUUGGGAAAUCCAGCCUGCACUGUACAGACAACGCGAGCUGGAGCACCCCGCACCCCCGGUGUGAAGUCUCUUCAGUCCUGCAAUGCCCUUCACCUCCAAGCAUUGAAGGAGGCAGUCACAACAGCCAGGAGGUGGAAGUUUUCAUUCCCGGGAUGGUCGUAAACUACAGCUGUGACCCUGGCUUCAGCCUCCUGGGGGAGGCAUCAAUUUACUGCACCGAGUCUGGAAACUGGAGCCUGCCUCCUCCUCAGUGUGCAGGUGGCUGCGGCGCACCUCCAAGACUCAGCUUUGCUGAGCUAACUGAGGAGCACAGAAACCAGACUGCAUUUCCCGUGGGGAAGACGGUGCGAUACGCCUGCCGGCCGGGAUACUCGCGGCACCCCACAGUGCCCCCAGCUCUGACGUGCCUCAGCAACCACACGUGGUCUGAAGCGCGGGCGUUCUGCAAAAGGAAACAAUGCCGUUAUCCAGAAGCACCAAAGAAUGGCAGAGUUGUUGUGCUAACAGAUCUCCUCUUUGGGUCCAUUGUGAACUACACAUGUGAGGAAGGGCACCGACUGGUCGGGCAGUCUCUGAGGCGAUGUGAGCUUUUUGGAGCAGAUGUUGCAUGGAGCGGAGAUCUUCCCAUUUGUCAGAAGGUGGUGUGUCCAGCCCCACAGAUCCAGAACGGGAAGAUAUCUGUUAUUAAACAUCGCUACAGGUACAAGGACACCGUUAACUUUACCUGCCAUGAAGGUUUCACCCUGCGAGGCCACAGCAUGGCCCAGUGCUCAGCCAACAGGAGGUGGCACCCCCCCGUGCCCGUCUGUGAGCAGGAUGGGGUGGCAGAACAUUAUCAUCAUCUUGAUACCACGGUGAGGCCAGUGGUGAUGUGUCUGCCUCCUCCGGGCAUUGCUAACGGGGAGCACAGCAGCCCUUCCUCGGACAUGUUUGGUGUAGGAGCACUCGUGCACUACCGCUGCAAACCUGGUUUUGUCCUUAUCGGCAACGAGUCUGUCCGCUGCAUGCCCGAUGGAGCCUGGAGCCGUCCCCUUCCUCGCUGCGAAGCUGGCUGCGUGAGACCGGGAGUCGGGAACAGAGAGGCGAUCGGAUUGGAGUCUCUCUACAGGCCUGGAGACAUCAUCACGAUUGAGUGCAAUGCUGUCAAUGUCCCCAGAGGCCCCCACAAGUCCCAGUGCCAGCCCGGGGGCACGUGGGAUCCUCCACUGCCUGCCUGUAGCAGAGUGAAACGCUGUUCCAAGCCUCCAGCUAUCCCCCACGGGUGGCACAGUGGCCUGGCAAAAGCGGUUUUUGCUCCUGGAACAUCUGUGAGCUACAGCUGUGAGCCUGGCUUCGCCCUCACUGGGAUGGCAUCCAUUCAUUGUACUGAGUCUGGAGCCUGGAGCCAUCCUCCUCCAGUCUGUCAAGCUGUGAAGUGUCCUCUUCCUCCAAAUAUCACCAACGGGAAGCUCGAAAGCAACAUUUCCGACACUUUCCCCUACGGAGCAUCUGUAUCCUACAGCUGUAAUGCUGGCUAUUCGCUCGCUGGGAACGCUUUCAUCAACUGCACGGCACUAGGGACCUGGAGCCAGCCUCCCCCUCGGUGUGAAGAGAUCAGAUGUGUAUUCCCAGAAGUUCAAGGUGUUAAGAAAGCCACAAGUGGCAACACUUACCGAUUUGGGACUAACAUUACUCUUGAAUGUGAUGAUGGUUACAUGUUGGAAGGCAUCAGUCAGAUUCAGUGCCAAGAGGACUUCAGCUGGGACCCUCCUGUACCAGCCUGUAAAUUAACUUCACGCAAGUCUGGUUCAGUAGGCCUAGGAGUCGCAGCUGCGGCAGUCCUGCUUCUCCUGGGUGCAGGCAUUAUCUGGAAAAUUAUUUCUAAGCAGAAGCAAGGCUUUUAUCAUACAUAUGAAAACUACAACUACAAAACCGCUCUGGACCAGAUAACUGAAAAGAAAUGCUCAUGUCUCGCAUAGCAGACUGGCGAUCUGUGCUGCCUCUAGUAAGGCACAGGAGACGUUCUUCCUCGAGCAGCAGCGGGUUGCACGGAAGCACUGCUCAUGUCGAGACCGAAAUUCUGUGUGGAAAAAGGCACUUUGCUGCAGAACCAACGCUCACGCUGCUCCUGCUCCCAUUAACCACCCCAAGGGCCUAACGAAGCUCAAGCUGCGCACAGUACAGAAGCUCAUUAGAGGGACUUCUCUCCCACACGGCACCUCACAAAGAUUAUUUCCUUCUCUAUUCGCAAACCCUGAGCUAAGCAGGCUCCACAGAGGCGUUCCUGCAGCGUGGGGCCAGGAUUUGUUGGCCCGCAGAUCUCCUUUGUUAGCAGUAGCCGUGCCCAUGCCUGCAGCACGGUUUGCUCUCUAAUUUACACCAGGAACGCUCACGCGUGGCGUUCCUCUACAAACGCUUAACCUAAUAAAACGUGAACAUAAGACAAA